GUUUGAACGACCGUGAUAUAGGACCAGACAGGUUACCGAAAAAAAGUAUAAAGCCAACAGCCCUAAGCCACUUCAAGAACUCUCCCUCUCUCGCUACACAGUUCACUUCCCUCGGAAGACCUCGACCAAGACCACUCGCAACAAAGACAUCCCAGUCUAUCAGAGCUUUUCGAAAGAAACCUCCUCGGCCGCCAACAUGCAGUUCGCCAACAUCUUCGUCGUCCUCUCCAUGGCCGUCGCCGCCUUCGCCGCGCCGGCUGCCGAGCCUGUGGCGGCCCCCGAGCCCGAGGCCCUGGCCGAGAUCGAGGCGCGCGCGGUCAACUUCAAGGUAGCUUGGGGCCAGCAGCUGCAGAACCACGACCAGGCAAACCACUGGGUCGUCUGGGUCGAGGGCGAGAGCGCGUGCCCGGCGGCCAUCGAGCUCGCGGCGCUGACGCGCUCUCCCUGCGGCCGGCGCUUCAACUUCAAGGGCCAGACCCUCUCCCUCGGCGACUGCGCCGACAACAAGCCCCGCAGCCUCCUCAACUCCAGCGGCAAGAAAGUCAAGAGCUGCGGCGCCAACGGCAAGAAGAACAGGAAGAUCAACUGCAAGGGUAGCCAGCACGACAUCGUCCAGCACGGCUUCUGCAAAUAGACGGCCGCUCGAAGCUCUCUCCCCGGCAUCGACAUUCGACACGACGGAUUCCCCACGGAACUAGAGGAUGGAAGGCAAACCGGAGGACUUGAGAUGGUUGGGAUGGGUUUCGAUGAUGAAGGGGUGGUUGGGACGACAGCGGCUCGACAGCGAGAUGAAUAGUUGGCGACUUCGAUUCCAUGGACACCCUUCUUGUAAAUUCUUUUAGGGUUCACGCUUCUCUGUGCAUAUAUUGAUAUUCUCUCUCCCUCUCAAUGUUCUUUGACCUCAACUGCUGAAUGCUGCAUUCGUGAUAAUUGUUUUCUUUGGCC